CGAAAGAAAAAAAGAUAUAUCAAGAAAGCACUACAGAAUGAAGUUGGCCGUGGUCUCAGUCGUCUUGCUCAUGGUUCUCGUGGCUUGGCCGGUAUCAGCUGGCCGGAAAGACUUACCGGGAGCUGGAGGAUACGGAGGUGAUCAUGAUGAUGACGAUGGUGACGACACAACGUCAUGGUUUCCUUUGGACAAUCUGUUAUCGUUGAAUUACUAUGACAAGAUUUGUCCAAAUUUUGAGAAAAUCGUUGAUAACAAAGUGAGGCAAUGGACUAAGACUGACGCUUCCCUUGGCCCUGCCCUCCUCCGCCUUAUCUUCCACGACUGUGGCGUCACGGGAUGUGAUGCGUCGGUUCUUCUAGACUACGAAGGGACAGAGAGGAGAUCUCCCGCGAGCAAAACCCUUAGAGGCUUCGAGCUGAUCGACGAUAUCAAGUCAGAGCUCGAGAAAUCUUGCCCCGGCUUAGUCUCCUGCGCUGACAUCCUAACCGCAGCUAGCCGUGCCGCUACCGUCCAACUCGGUGGUCCUUACUGGCCAAACGCCUACGGUCGUCGUGACUCCAAACACUCUUACGCUAGAGACGUUGAGAAAGUUCCUUCAGGCCGUCGUGAUGUCACCGCCCUUCUCGAGACGUUUCAAUCUUAUGGUCUAAACAUCCUCGACCUAGUUGUCCUCUCCGGGGCACACACCAUCGGACAAGCGUACUGUGGCACCAUCCAGUCAAGGCUUUACAACUUCAACGGUACCAGUGGUACUGAUCCGUCGAUUGACCCUAAAUACGCAGAUUACUUGAGACGCAAGUGUCGCUGGGCCACUGAGACUGUUUCUCUCGACGCCAUAACUCCAGCAGUGUUCGAUAACCAGUAUUACAUUAAUCUUCAGAAGAAUAUGGGAGUCUUGACGACUGAUCAGGAGCUUGUUAAGGACCCGAGGACCGCUCCACUUGUAAAGGCUUUCGCUGAACAGCCGCCUCAGAUGUUCAGGCAGCAGUUUGCUGUCUCUAUGGCCAAGCUGGUCAAUGUUGGUGUUCUCACUGGUGAAGAUCGUAUCGGAGAGAUCAGGAAGGUCUGCAGCAAAUCUAACUCCGGAACUUACUAAUUAUUAUCUCUCAUAAGUUUCUAAAAGAAUCUUCUGUUUCUUGAAAGUAAAUUCUUGUUUGGUUUUAAUUUUGAGUUCUCUUUUUAAUUGUAAUUUGUUGUCUGAAACAACAAAACUGUGAAUCUUGAUUUAUACUGAGAAUUAUUUUUGUUACAA